AUGGAUUCCUCCUCUUCCUACGAAAAGAAACCAGCCAUCAUGGACCAAGCACAGUCCAACCUCCAAGGCAUGUUCCAACAAGCAGCAGAUGACGUCAGGGCACACGCUUCCAAGCUAGAGGACAGAGUGUUCAAGCCUACCCGGGAGUAUGCUGCUUAUAUGUGGGAACGCCAUCCUGUGAUCGCUGUGUUCCUCGGCAUCUUCUGCAUCCUCUCGUUCCUCCCCGUCCUCCUCUUCACCUCCUUCGCCCUCCUCACCGGGGGCUUCCUCCUCUCCACAUCAAUCCUCUUCGCUCUUCUCAUCCUCGGUAUCAUCCUCUCCCUCGCCUCACUUUUCCUCCUAGCAGCCCUCGCAGUGACCUUCUGCCUCUCUUUGGGCAUCACCGCCGGCCUUGUGGCUUUUUGGGCAACGACGAGGCUGAUGGGGAACAUCAGGGUUAAAGGAUGGCAGGAGGGGUUGUUAGCCUGGGCGUGGGAAUUGAGGGAAAAGGUCGUUGGGAACUCUUAUUAG